UUGUUGGCACUUUUCCUGUUCCUGCGUGAAAAUCCGGGAAAAUAAGGGCCGCUUUUACGCCGCUACCGUUUCCACAGGAUGGGUAUGAACGUGAGUCGUCAGGUGGACCUGACCGAAAACGAGUUCCUGCAACGAUUCGUCGGGAAAAGCCACGUCCCGGCUUAUGACGACGACUUCUGGAACAACUUCCUGCAAUACCACAUCAGCCUACCGACGAACAGCCAGGAACAGCUGAGCCUUGAUUCGCGGCUGGAAACGCUGUGCCAGAGCUUCAUCAGCCACAAUCUGCUGACGGGGAACUUUGGCUCGCUGGUUAACGUGUUCUUGCUGAAGGUUUCGGAGCUGCUAACUUUAUCCGAUGCCGAAAGCAACGUCCACAUUUGGCACGCGUUCAACGCGCUUUUCAUCAUCCGCUGCCUUGUGAAGUACAUGAUCGAAACGGGCUCGGAGUACCAGCUGUUGCAACACUUUGAAGCCCUACCGGUACAACCACCGGAUGAGGGGACCGAUAGUUCAACGGGGCCGUCAUCGGCCGACCCGAACUCUACCACCAUCGCCAUCGAUGCGCGGGUCGUGGAGGAAACGAAAGCGGCCGUAGCGAAGCUAGUCGAUGGUACCAAGUUCGAGACAUUUCUCGAGGCUCUCGUCAACAUCAUUGUUGUUAUUCCGGUGAAGGAAUUCACAUAUCAUUUGCACCUGGAGGCGGUGAACUGUAUGAUCAUACUGCUCUCCGUUAGCCUGUUUUCACAGCAGGCCAUGGAAAAGUCAACCAUCUACCGGGCGAUCUAUCGCUGCCAACAUGCCAACACCCUGAUGAGUGCGUUGCUACACUUCCUGAGCCGCAUGAGCCAGGCACCGCAGACAAUGUUUGGUUUUGGAACUGGGGGUUCGUUCGUUUUCGGCAUCGCCGAGUCACUGUGGUCGAUACUGACGUUCGCGCGUAAGCAACCCGACAUACUGACCGCUCACGAUCUUCCAAGCGCCUUUCGGGAGCACUAUCCGCUGGCUAACCAGAGCCUGUUGCUCAUUCUGAUCCUCACCAAUCACCAUGCGACGAAAGAUAAUCCGUAUCGAGUUAGCCUGUUCGGUUGCUGCGAUUCACAAGACUCCCCGAAAGAUCAGCCAGCAACGUUCAAGAUCGAUUUUACCGCACUUUACAAUACGUUGUGCCGGAUAGUGACCAUCGAUCAGGCCACCUUGCUGCUCUAUCUAUUGCUGUACCGAAACCAAAGAUUCCACAAGUACGUGAUGGCUCAGCAAAACCUUCAGCAGCUCGUAAUUCCUAUUCUUCAGACGCUGUAUAACGCACCCGAUAGUACUUCACAUCACAUCUACAUGUCGCUUAUCGUGUUACUGAUACUGAGCGAAGAUGAUAACUUCAACAAGAGCGUACACUUAACGAUGCUGAAGAACGUCACCUGGUACACGGAGCGCUCGAUCAGUGAGAUCUCGCUCGGUGGGCUUCUGAUACUGGUCGUGAUCCGGACGAUUCAGUACAAUAUGUUAAAGAUGAGGGACAAAUACCUGCACACCAACUGUCUCGCAGCGCUAGCCAACAUGUCUGGCCAAUUCCGUCAACUUCAUCCGUAUGUGGCACAGCGGUUGGUGAGCCUGUUCGAAACGCUAGCAAAGAAACAUGCCCGGUUGGAUCAGCAGCUUAAGAACCCGGAAGCGAAUGGCGGUGACGCGGAUAUUGCAAUACCAAUCGGAGGUCCCGUAACCUCGGAAGACAUGAUGCAGGAUCUAUCCGUUCUGGAGGAGGUACUGCGAAUGGUGCUGGAGAUACUGAACUCUUGUCUGUCGCAUCAACUAGUCUACUGUCCAAAUCUGGUGUACACUCUGCUCUACAAACGCAACGUCUUCGAGGCCUUCCGAAGUCAUUCGGCUUUUCAGGAUAUCAUACAGAAUAUUGAUAUGGUCGUUGGAUUCUUUUCCUCGCGGUUGCAACGGGUACAGGAUCAGCGCGGUGAGCUGGGCGUUAGCGAAGUACUAGAGGUGAUAUCGAAAGGGGCUAGCCAGUGGUCCAGUGACCGAUUACGGAAAUUUCCUGACCUUAAGUUCAAGUACGUCGAGGAGGACGCACCGGAAGAGUUCUUCAUACCAUACGUUUGGACGCUGGUGUGUAAGGCAGGCUGUGUACAUUUCAGUUCCGAAACUAUCAAGGGCGUUCCGACGGACAUCGUUUGUUAACAUUGCAACCGUUGGUAGUAGAAGAGGUCUUUCGUUGUUGAGCAGAUUUUAUUAUGAUUUUUUUUUCUUAAUUCCAUUUUUUCCUAUUCGGCCUAUCGACGAUUACUGCGUAGUGGCGUGCACUUGCAUUUCCAAUAGUUUCUCUUAAAACAAUUGAAGGGAAUCAGAUACUGCUUCUUUCGAAUCAAGCUUCUUUUUAACCGUUAUGUUAUUGUUAUUGUAAAAAACCACCAGGUAUAUUUAUCCUUUUGUUAUCAAUGUGUUCAGGAAAGCUAGUGGAUGAGCAUUGGCUAAGUGAAGACGAGAGCAAAACAGGCAAUAAUGAAACAUUACUAGGCGAUUGACUAUAACGAACCAUUGCUGGUACUUUCUGCGAUGGGAGUGUGGCUGGUAUUCCAGUCGAAUGAGAUGGUGUAAAGGAAAUCCGCAGCAAACGCGCAAUAUUCCAAACAUGAUGUGCUCGAAUGGCAAACAAAUCGUCCUACGGAUAAACUACUAUUUUAAGGUGCAGCGUAAAGGAGCCUAAGGUACCGCUUGUAACCAGCCGGUACGGUGGUAUUUUACAGACGCUGGUCGCUAUGUACAACCAUGCUAUUGGACCGCUGAGAAUCGAGGGCAACUGGAAGAAACAAGUUAACCGUGUUAAAUUACGAUGCGCAAAACACAAAAACAAAUGAAAAAAAACAUUAUUAAUCAACUGGUAAAGAUAAAAAAAAGCAGUAAAGAAAACAAUAUAACACUUAAAUAUGAUUAGCCUUUUUUCUCAUCGAC